AUGUUAGAAAGAUUGGCAAACCAUCCCUUUUAUUGUUUUCUUGAUGGUUACAGUGGUUUCUUCCAAAUCCCGAUCCAUCCCAAUGAUCAGGAGAAGACCACUUUCACAUGCCCUUAUGGUACCUUUGCUUAUCGAAGGAUGCCAUUUGGGCUGUGCAAUGCCCCAGCUACUUUCCAGAGAUGCAUGACCUCCAUUUUUUCAGAUCUGAUAGAGGAGAUGGUAGAAGUCUUCAUGGACGAUUUCUCAGUCUAUGGAGCAUCCUUCUCCUCAUGUUUGUCAAACUUGUGCAGGGUGUUGCAGAGAUUUGAGAAAGGGAUCGAGCUCGAUCGAGCUAAGGUGGAUGUCAUGUUGCAGCUUCCUGUUCCCAAGACUGUGAAGGACAUAAGGAGUUUUCUGGGUCACGCAGGGUUCUACAGAAGAUUCAUCAAGGAUUUCUCAAGAUAG